UUAUUCGUUUAUUGAGAGACCUCAUUUUAGUUCUGAGUGUUUUUUGAAUCUUUAAUUUUAUAUGUUUCCAUGAUAAAAAUUGUGAUAUUAUAUUAGUAAAACAUUUAUUGUAGCUGCAUUGUCUGUCAUUCGUAUCGUGUACAGAACCAAUUCGCGAAUAUCUGCCCGAACAAUUCCUAUCGCAAAAAAAAAAAAUCAGAAAAACAUCAGAUUAAAGUGAAGGCAAAAACAUAUAAUACCAUUGGUUAUCAAACGGGGAAAAGCGUAUAAUUUUAUACAAUGGGUGUUUGUUUAGCAGUUACUAAAGUCAUUGGUACCACCACGUUGGGUAUCUAUACCGGUAUCAUUACUUCAAAUAUCACCAAUUAUGAUAUUUUAAUCCAUGUUUUACAAAGUACAUCAAUUUCAAAUUUUAAUGAAUUUAAUUCAAAUUUAAAGUCUAAAUUACAAAAAAAUAGUAUCUUGUUGGGAUUAAUAGGUGGUGUAUCAUCUUUAGCGUUCCAGUUAAGUUAUUUUAAGGCACCAUUAAGAUCUAAACAUCCUUAUUUAAUUUAUGCUUCAUUGGUCUUGCCUCUAAGUUCAAUAAUUUAUGGGAUUUUAACAAGAGGUGAAUUAAUUAAAUAUUUUAAAUUGGAUGAAGUUAUUAAUAGUUUUAAACAAAGUGAAGAUGGAUCUAAUGUGAAGAAAGUUAAAGAAAAUGUUCGUUCAGAAUUGGAUAAUUCAGUUUAUAAAGAUUUAGGAGAUGAUUCAAGUUCGAAUGAAGGUGGACAACAAGAGGAUGAUGAAAUUUCUAAAGAAGUUGAAAUUCAUUUAAACAAGACAUCAUUGGAACAAUUGUUGGGUAAGUUGAAUUUAGCUAAUAAGAUUGUUGGAGGUGUUAGUUUUAUUGGAUUUGUUAUUGCAAGUGUUGGUAUUUAUGGAGAUUUUUGAGCAAUAAGGAGUCAGUACUUUGAUUGAUAUAUUCUUUUAUGGUUAAUAUGGUAUAUAAAUGAUUUGAUAUUAUGAAGAGAUGAGUAGCUAUGAGUCACGAAUGAUAGAGUAGCUGUUCUAUCAUUAAUACCUGCAAUUGUACCAUCGUAUGUAAAUAUUCCAAAUGGAUUAUGCCACAUCUGUCACAUUGCGAUAAGCCGAUAAGCCUGUUCAGGGAUGAGGAAAGGGCUGGCCGUGGCGAUGGGUGAGCUAAGGAUUAAGUAUCUAUUAAGGUAUUAAGUAUACUAUAAUCUAUAUUCUCUAUUAUCUAUAAAGUAAACUAUUGUCUAUUAUCUAUAACUUGUUCUUGCUCUUUAUUAUUCAUUAACCAUUAACUAUGUCUA